AUGUACCUGAAGAUGAAGAACAACCACAUGACCGCCUUUCCCGCCCACCUGCUCAGUCGCAUCGACAUCCGCCACCUGAUGGCCCACAAGUGCGGCAUCGAGACGGUGGACCAGGCGGCCUUUGCCGGACACGAGGAAGGCCUUGAGACGAUUGACUUCUCCGACAACAAGUUCAGCCAGAUCCCCAGCCUAGCGCUUCGCAACCUGACCGGCCUCGUCUCGCUCAACCUCAACUUCAACCUGAUCAGCACCUUGGAGGCAAACGCCUUCACCGGCCUCGCCUCCCUCCUGCGCCUCUCACUGUACGGCAAUCGCAUUGUCACCGUCUCCCCGGCCUCCUUCCUCGGCGUGGGCGUCAACCUGACGAGGAUCAACCUGGGCGGAAACCAGCUAGCCACGGUGCCCACCGAGGCGAUUCGCCCACUGAUCGCCUUGCAGCGACUGCAGCUCCAAGAGAACUCCAUUCGAGGGCCGUUGAGCAGCGGCGACUUUGCCCGCCUGGGCUCGGCCGCCAGUCUGGACGUGCUCAAUCUGGCCAACAAUGAGAUCAGUCGGCUGGAGGAGGGCCUCUUUGCCGGCCUGGAAAGCAUCAACUCGCUGGACUUUGAGGUGAAUCGCAUUGCAGUGAUUGAUGACGCCGCCUUCCGUGGUAUUGAAGAGACACUGGAAUGGCUCAAGUUGGGCGAGAAUCAGCUGACGGCGGUGCCGCACGCCGCUCUGGCCAAUCUGACCAAACUUCGCGAGCUAGACCUUCGCGGAAAUCUAAUUAGCAAGGUGGGGGCAAAGGACUUUGCCGGCUACGGCGUCAACAUCAAGUUUCUNGUGCCGCACGCCGCUCUGGCCAAUCUGACCAAACUUCGCGAGCUAGACCUGCGCGGAAAUCUAAUUAGCAAGGUGGGGGCAAGCGAUUUUGCCGGCUACGGCGUCAACAUAAAGUUUCUCUACCUGCAGAAGAACCGCAUCGACAGCAUCGAGGCGGGCGCCUUUGACCAGCUGCACUCGCUGGAGUGGCUCAACUUGCACUCGAACCAACUGAAGCACCUGCCGGCGGUCGUCUUUGAGCGCGCCCUCAGCAAGAUUCUCAUUCUCGAUGUGCAUG